AUGGCUGUCCCAAUAGUCAUCUAUCUCCUCAUCGCCCUAAUCUCCUGGCAUAUGUUGAGCCAGUUCGCCUCACGACGUCUUCCUCCCGGCCCUAGACCCCUACCUCUGAUCGGAAACAUCCAUCAGCUCUGGAGCCCAGUUCCGUGGAAAGUCAUCCAGGCGUGGCACAAGCAGUACGGUCCUCUUAUCACGAUCAAAGUCGGUCCCAUACCCAUCAUCUGCAUCGGUAGCUACGAUGUCGUUCGAGACCUGUACGAAAGGCGAGGCCGGAUCUACAGCUCUCGUCCACGGAUGACAUUCCUCAAUGAAUGCAUGUUCGAAGGUCAUUUUCCGGCGGCACAGCCCGAUGGUCCGAAUCUGAGGACCUUGCAUCGUCUACAACAUGCUGUGUUGAACAAGAAUGCUACGGACUCGUACCGCUGCGUUCAGGAUUUGGAGAGCAAGCAGGUGUUGCAUGAGCUGGUCUUCCGGCCGGAGGGUUUCAAGACGCAUUUCGAGCGGUAUGCGUCGAGUAUUACGUACCUUCUGCUAUUCGGAAAACGCAUCGUUCAUCCCGAUGCGCAAGAGAAACAAGAGCUCGACCGGUUUCUGCGUCUUUUUGUCGAAGCAAAUGCACUCUCAGACUCUCUGCUCGAUAUUUUCCCCUUCCUAAACCACCUUCCCGAGCCUCUUGCGUCGUGGAAAGCGAAGGGAAAGCAGAUCAACCAGGAGAUAAAAAGAAUCAUGAAUACCUCACUACAACAACGACAAGGUUGGAACUGGGUCGAACAUAUCAUUCAUCGCCAAGAAGCCUCAAACUUGUCACCUGAAGCAUUGCAAUGCCUCCUUUUCGAACUUUACCUCGCCAGUUCAAUAACAACACAUAUCCUCCUUCAGCUUCUAGUCAAAGCCUGCACACUCCACCCAGAGGCAAUGAGACGGAUGCAAAUCGAGAUCGACAGUGUUGUUGGCGACCAGCGACUCCCGAACUUUGACGACGAGCAGAAUCUACCGUACUUGAAAGGCUUCAUCAACGAAGUACUCCGCUAUUACCCUCUCGUCACUAUGGGCGUACCUCGUACUACAACGGAAUAUGAUGAAUACAUGGGAUACCGCAUUCCGAAAGGAUCCAUCAUUGUGGCCAAUAACUGGGGUCUUGACAGAGAUGAAGAUCGAUUUCACUGUCCUGAUGAAUUUCGGCCUGAGCGGUGGAUUGAGAGACCCGGUUCGCGCGUGGCUGUAUUUGGAUUCGGUCGCCGGGCUUGUUCGGGUGAGCGGUUAGGACGUGCUUCACUGUUUAUCGUUCUCGCUAGAUGUGUCUGGGGCUACGACAUUGUUCCCGGUCCUGAGUUCAAUGAGGGACAGAAACAGGAAAGUGGAAAUUCGGUGAUUAGCAUCCCCAUGGUGAAUGCUGAGUUCCGCCUUCGAAGUCCAGAGCGUCGCGAGAUAAUCCAAGAAGAGCAGCUAUUGGCUGAGAAGGACGAGGGCAAGAUUAUGGCGGAUCUCGAAACGAGUGUGAGCCGGCGGUCUGCCUGA